AUGCAGUACGCGCCCCCCGGGCCGGCCGCCGGGCCGCCCCUGUACGCGCCCACCCCGCUGCUGCAGCCCGUCCACCCCACGCCCUUCUACAUCGACGACAUCCUGGGCAGCCGGGGGGGCCCGCCGCCGCCGCCCCCCACCCUGCCCUCGCCCAACUCCUCCUUCACCAGCCUGGUCGCCUCCUACCGGACCCCCGUCUACGAGCCCACCCCGCUCCACCCGGCCUUCGCGCACCCCCUGGCCCCCGCUUAUGGGGCCGGCCCCUACGGCGCGGCGGCCGGCGGCCCGCUCUACCCCUUCCCCCGCGCCCUCGGCGACUACUCGCACGCCCUCCUACGGCACGACCACCUGGGCAAGCCGCUGCUCUGGAGCCCCUUCGUGCAGAGGCCGCUGCACAAGCGCAAGGGCGGGCAGGUGCGCUUCUCCAACGACCAGACCGUGGAGCUGGAGAAGAAGUUCGAGACGCAGAAGUACCUCUCCCCGCCCGAGAGGAAGCGCCUGGCCAAGAUGCUGCAGCUCAGCGAGAGGCAGGUCAAAACUUGGUUUCAGAACCGGAGGGCGAAGUGGAGGCGCCUCAAGCAGGAGAACCCUCAAGCCAGCAAAAAAGAAGAACCAGAGAGUCAUCAGGACGGUCAUCAGGACCCCAGACAAGAGAGCCGUCUAAACUCUGAGCCAGAUAAGGAGGAGUCAUCCAAUCGCCCAUGGUACACCCCCUCACCAGCUUCCCAGGAAGAGCUUGAUUCUGACAUCUCAGAUGAUUCUGACCAAGAGGUGGACAUUGAAGGGGACAAGAGCUAUUUCAGUGGUCCCCACCAGUAG